AUGGACACCGACCCAGCGCCGCACGAGGCAGCACCAGCACCAGCAGCAGGCGCGGAGCCGUCCGGGGUCCAACAGCAUCUGCUCGGCCGCCCUGCAUCUUUGACCAAGUCAAGAUCCCUCUCCGACGGCGGAGGAACCACGCCCAAGCUCUCCCCGUCGCCGCACAUUGUCGUUUCUGCCCGCCGCACCUCCAAGGACGACCACGACAUUGACGACCUCUGCAGCAGCAGCAGCUUCCCCAACACUGGCGCUGCCGCCGUCGCCGCCAACCUGGCCGGCCUACCAUCCACCCCGAAGCGGUCAGAGGUUCGUGGCUUGUCGUCUCUGCACAUCCAGCAGCAGCAGCAGCCGCAGCCGCCACGAACCUCUACGCCCCCUCCUGCGGCCGUUGGCAGCACCGCGUUUGGCAAGCCCGCUCCUCUGUCCCCCAAGCUCGACCACUCCCACAUCUACGCCUCCCCGACCAACAUUCUCCCCCGACGAUCACGAGGCCUCGACUUUUCCCGCGCUGCCACGAGCCUACAUCAUUCUACCCUCGCCGAGUCGUCGCCAGAGUCAUCGCCUACCGUGGGCGGCCGCGGAAUGAACAUCCCCGCCAGGAGGAGGGAGUUCGGCCUGGGCGCCGAGCACAGCCUACAGUCCUCAGCGUCUGUGUGGCCCGCCCCGACAGGAAAUCCGGAGCGUAUGACGAUUAGCAGCUCGCUGGGUAGCACACAGGCCGUCGGCUCUGAGUCGUCAAGCUCCUCCGAAGACGAUGACCUUAUGGACGAGGACAUGGAUGAGGCGUAUGUCACCACGCCCCAGGUUUCAAGGUCCGGCCCCGGCGGAGGCAACCCGUUCGGUUCGCCGGCCAUCGGCCCUCUCGCCAGCUUCCAGAACCGCCAGCGGCCGCGGAAGCAUCCUAAGAAGAAGGUCCGUGGGCCGCUGGGCCUUGGCUUCAACAUCAAUUCAUCGGCACUGUCGCGAUCGCCCCCGAACAACUCGUCGCGCGCCCGCCGCGAGAGUAUCAGCUGGCAGGCAAAUCAGCUGCACAUUUCGAGCGGCGACGGUGAGGACAGCGGCAAGUCAGAUGUGGACGGUCCGUCUGCGGACGCCCAGCCCAGCGUAACACGACGAGCAGUAACUCGCCGCGGCAACCUUUUGCCGAAAACCAAAACUUUUGCCCGAAUUCGAGCUGCGCUGCUAGAAGAAGGUGCCCCGGCAGAAGCGGAGUUUCGUCGAGAAGCUGAAGUCGUCAAGCAAGUCCGCGAGAGCGAUGUUGAGCAAGAGGCCCGCCCGGCAACAAAUGUCUUUGAUCUGUCGCAGGCCGUCAGCGCGCUGUCGUCGCCCAACAUGGUCAACCAGGACACCAUCGACGAACCCGAGGAAGACCUGAUGCGCGACUUGUCAACAGGCUUGUCCAGUAGUUUUAAGCAACAGAUGCUGAAGACCAAGUCCAAGUCGUUCUGGGAUACCUUUUCCGAGUGCAGCAGCACUGGUGGCGGCGGGCGUGCUUCUCCGCCGCCACAACCCUUUGUGCCUCGCGAAUCGUCCUCGGGCAUGAGCGAAGAUGCCGGCAUGGACUCGCCAUCCUUUCCAUUAUUUCAAAGCUACCAGCAGUCGCAAGCUACCGCCAUUGGUCCCCAGCCUCCGUCUGCGGCGGAGAUUACCCGUCGUAUUAACAACAAGCGCCGUCGCGACGACGACCUGGACCCCGUGAGCUUCAAGCGCCGCGCUGUGAGCCCCGGCAUGAGCGUGCACAACUCGCCCGUCGUGCAGAGCCCCAUGCAGCGUGACAAUGUCCAUUGGAGCUCGGGUUCCCGCCCCGGUAGCACCGGCGGCGAGAGGGCCGGCAGCAGCGCGCAGAGUGACUCGGGCAGCAUGGGCGGCGGCAACACGUCGGGCACGCCCAGCGGCAGCCGCGUGAGCGGUAACAAGGGCAGGGUCGGCUUCCAGGGCAUGGUGGACGCAAACGACGCCAUUAUGCGCAUGAGCAUUGAGUAA